AUGAUACUUCUUCAUUUUACUCCAAACAAAAAUAUAAAUAUAGAGAGAAAAAAUACCAAAAAGAUGUCGUCUCUCGCUAGCUAUUUUAUUACGCCUUUGCCAGGAAUUCUCCCAAAAUGGCUUCUUUUUAUCUCAGCAGUUUCUGUGUUUAACUCUGCUCAAUGUUAUUUAUCUGGUCUUGAAUUGACUCGCCGUGUCUAUGAGAACAAACCUCUUGAAACAACAGGCCUUUCUGCCCGUACAUUCGGAACUUGGACCAUCAUCUCUGCCAUUAUUCGUUACAUUGCUGCCUUCCACUUGAAUGAUCCUCAAAUUUGGAACUUAGUGUUCGCCAGUUACGCUAUCGCCUUCGGCCAUUUCAUGGCUGAAUUAGUGAUAUACAAAACUGCCAAGUUUGGCAAAGGUUUCAUGGGCCCAUUCAUUGUCUCUACAUUGUCUAUGGGGUGGUUGUUGUAUACCAGAGACUUUUAUCUUUCAUUGUAA